AUGAACGGUUGCACCGAUGAAGAAAAGUGCCUACUUUUCUUCCAGACCUUGCGGAACCGAGCCACUGAAUGGUUCAAUAAGCUUCGCCCGGGAAGCAUUGACUCGUUCAGUGAUUUGGCCUCAAAAUUCAAGGCCAAGUUCCAAGAGAAUUGUACUAAGAGGAAGAAGUUCACCUAUCUUAGUACAGCCGGGCAGGAGUCUGAGAACCUCACUCAGUUCCUUACCCGGUGGAAGGAAGAGGUAGACAAGGUGGAAGAGAUGGAUGACAAGAUCGUCCUCUCCCUACUCUUGAAUGGAUUGCAUGCUGGGGAACUAUACAAGGAGUUCUGCCGGAAACCCCCAGCCACGUACCAAGAGGCCUACCAUACUGCAUGGGAGUUUGCUGAAGCUGAAACCCAGCUCCGGGCAAAGAGAGAAGCUGAACAUGGUCACAAGCCCAAGCCGGUGCAAGUCAAGAAGGAAGAGGCACCGGGACCUAGCCGGCCGAGGCACCACUAUGACCCGGUCAUCCGAGUGGUCAAUACGGAAGAAUGCCAAAAAGUCCGGAAAGCACCGGUCAUUCCUCCAGAAAACCCUACCGGUCAAAUAGGGUGGCAGUGGUCGGGCACCUAUUGUUCGUACCACAGGUCUGAUUCCCAUAACACCUCCGAAUGCAAAAGUGUUAAAGGGGUCAUCCGGCAGAUGAUCGACAGUGGAGAGCUGGGCAAAGAUUACUUGCAGAAAGCCCAGGAGAAGAGUCAUCAGUGGGUUAGGCCAACUGCCCCAGGGAAUGACCGGGACAAUGACCGGCGGAGGAAUAACCGGCCAGGGGAGCGGCAACCUGCCCCCGAAAAAGAACACAUCGGCAUGAUCUUCGGCGGACCCGAGGGUGGAGAUUCAGCCGCGCAGCGGAAGAAUUGGGUUCGGAGCAUUUACGUGGGAGAAGUAAGUGCUGAACCGCCCAGGCGUAAACAUACUAGGAGGGAGCCUAUCGUCUUUACUGACCGGGAUCUCCCUCCUACCGGUGAAGAUCACAAUGAUCCAUUGGUCAUCACCAUGGACAUUAACGGGGUGGAUGUCGCCCGGGUACUUGUUGACACCGGCAGCAGUGUCAACAUCUUAUACCUGGAGACCUUCCAAAAACUCAGGUUGUGUCGAACACAACUUGAACCCCUCAAAACCCCUCUCUCAGGCUUCACGGGGGACACCGUUGAAGCUGAAGGAUCCAUAGUUCUACCGGUCGAACUAGGAUCAGGUGAAAAGACC